AUGAUAUGUCUCUAUGUUGAUGAUUUGUUGGUAACAAGUUGUGAUGAAACAGAAAUAAACCAGUUCAAAGUCAGAAUGAAAGAAGAUUUUGAAAUGACAGAUUUGAGAAUAUUGUUCUACUUCCUUGGAAUUGAAUUUGUCACAAUAAGGAAUGGAAUACUCAUGCACCCAAAAAAGUAUGCCACUGAUGUAUUAAAGAGAUUUAACAUGCAAGACUGCAAUGACAUAAUCACUCCCUCAAAAGUAGGGAUGAUACUAUCAAAAGAAGGAAAUAAAGAGCUAGUUGACUCCACAAAUUUCAAACAAAUGGUAGGAUCAUUGAGAUAUUUGUGUAAUACAAGGUCUGACAUAACUUAUAGUGUUGGAUUAAUUAGUAAAUACAUGGAGAAACUUAGAGCACCUCACUACUUGGCAACAAAGAAGAUAUUGAGAUAUAUCAAAGAAACUAGUGAAUUUGGCCUACUAUAUCCUAGAAGUUCAAAUGAAAGUGAAGCUGAACUCAUUGGAUAUAUUGAUUUUGAUUGGUGA